UUUGAGGCUUUACUUCCAUUCCUUCACACAGAUUCUCUCUCUUUCUAUCUCUUUCUCUGCAGUGUCUCUUCCUUUUGUUUUUUUUGGGUUUCCAUGUCCAGAGACAAGAAUUUGGUGUUUCUGCCCUUCUGGGUUUGUGGAUAAUCUUUAUAGAGGUAUAGAGAAGCAGAAGCAGGUUUUGGCCCCAGGAAUAUUUACGCUUCUGUCCCGUGCUCCUGUGAGCACUUGGAUUCAACACCAUGUCUCAGACUAACUGGGAAGCUGAUAAAAUGUUAGAUGUGUAUAUCCACGAUUAUUUAGUGAAGAGGGAUUUAAAGGCUUCUGCACAGGCUUUUCAAGCUGAAGGAAAAGUUUCGUCUGAUCCCGUUGCUAUUGAUGCGCCCGGAGGUUUUCUCUUUGAGUGGUGGUCAGUAUUCUGGGAUAUUUUUAUUGCUAGGACUAAUGAGAAGCACUCGGAAGUUGCUGCAUCUUACAUCGAGACGCAGUUGAUUAAAGCAAGGGAGCAGCAACAACAUCAACAACAACAGCAGCAGCAGCAGCAACAACCUCAACAGCCACAACAUCAACAACAACAACAUCAGCAACAGCAUAUGCAGAUGCAGCAGCUCUUGAUGCAGAGGCACGCUCAGCAGCAGCAGCAACAGCAACAACAGCAACAACAACAACAGCAGCCGCAACAGCAGCAACAGCAGCCGCCAACGCCGCAGCAGCAGCGGAGAGAUGGGGCCCACCUCCUUAAUGGCAAUACAAAUGGCCUUGUUGGAAAUGACCCUCUCAUGCGGCAGAACACUGGAACUGCAAAUGCCUUGGCGACUAAGAUGUAUGAGGAAAGAUUAAAACUUCCCCUUCAGAGGGAUCCUUUGGAAGAAGCAGCAAUGAAGAAAUCCUUGCAGCAAAGAUUUGGUGAAAAUGUGGGCCAGCUUUUGGAUCCAAAUCAUGCCUCAAUACUAAAGUCAGCUGCAGCAACUGGCCAGCCUUCAGGGCAAGUUUUGCAUGGUACAGCUGGUGGGAUGUCUCCACAAGUUCAAGCUCGCAAUCAACAACUACCAGGGUCAACACCGGACAUAAAGAGUGAGAUUAAUCCAGUUUUAAAUCCCAGAUCUGCAGUUCCUGAAGGUUCAUUGCUGGGAAUUCCUGGAUCAAAUCAAGGUAGUAACAAUUUGACACUAAAAGGAUGGCCACUCACAGGACUGGAUCAACUUCGCAAUGGGCUUCUUCAGCAACAAAAGCCAUUUAUUCAGGCACCUCAGCCCUUUCAUCAACUUCAGAUGUUGACACCACAACAACAACAGCUUAUGCUUGCACAGCAAAACUUGACAUCACCAUCUGCAAGUGAUGAUAAUAGAAGACUGAGACUGCUUUUGAAUAAUCGGAACAUGGCUCUUGGGAAGGAUGGCCUCACAAAUUCUGUUGGUGAUGUGGUUCCAAAUGUUGGAUCACCUCUUCCAGCUGGUGGCCCUCUUUUGGCUCGUGGUGACACGGAUAUGCUGCUUAAGUUAAAAAUGGCUCAGUUACAGCACCAACACCAGCAAAUGAACAAUAAUUCACAGCAGCAGCAGCAGCAGCAGCAGCAGCUUCAGCAGCACGCUCUUUCAAAUCAGCAAUCUCAGAGUUCAAAUCACAAUCUUCACCAGCAAGAUAAAAUGGGGGGUGCUGGCAGUGUCACUGUGGAUGGUAGCAUGUCGAAUUCCUUUCGUGGAAAUGAUCAGGUUUCUAAAAACCAGACUGGGAGAAAAAGAAAGCAGCCAGUGUCAUCUUCUGGUCCUGCCAAUAGCUCCGGAACUGCUAACACAGCUGGGCCCUCCCCAAGUUCAGCACCCUCAACACCUUCAACGCAUACACCUGGAGAUGUGAUAUCGAUGCCUGCUUUGCCUCAUAGUGGUAGUUCUUCCAAGCAAUUGAUUAUGUUUGGUGCUGAUGGUACUGGCACUCUUACAUCACCAUCAAAUCAAUUGUGGGAUGAUAAAGAUCUUGAAUUGCAGGCUGAUAUUGAUCGUUUUGUGGAGGAUGAGGAUAAUGUCGAAUCUUUUUUAUCCCAUGAUGAUACAGAGCCUAGAGAUACUGUUGGUCGUGGUAUGGACGUGAGCAAAGGUUUCACAUUUACGGAAGUAAAUGCUAUUCGAGCAAGUACAAGCAAAGUCGUAUGUUGCCACUUUUCAUCAGAUGGGAAAUUACUUGCCAGUGGUGGCCAUGAUAAGAAGGCUGUAUUGUGGCACACAGAUUCUUUAAAGCCAAAAAGCUCACUUGAAGAACAUUCAUCUAUGAUCACCGAUGUCCGUUUCAGUCCAAGCAUGCCACGUCUUGCAACAUCUUCAUUUGAUAAAACUGUCAGGGUUUGGGAUGCUGAUAAUCCUGGUUAUUCACUUCGUACCUUUACGGGGCAUUCUACCUCUGUUAUGUCACUUGACUUCCACCCAAAUAAAGAUGACCUCAUUUGCUCUUGUGAUGGUGAUGGUGAGAUACGAUAUUGGAGUAUUAACAACGGCAGCUGUACGAGGGUGUUCAAGGGUGGUACGACCCAAAUGAGAUUUCAACCCCGUCUUGGAAGGUACCUUGCUGCAGUUGCGGACAAUGUCGUAUCUAUACUAGAUAUAGAGACACAAGCUUGCCGGCAUUCAUUAAAGGGUCAUACUAAGCCAAUCCAUUCUGUAUGCUGGGACCCCUGUGGUGAGUACUUAGCAUCUGUCAGUGAGGAUUCUGUCAGAGUUUGGACCCUUGGAUCUGGGAGUGAAGGAGAAUGCGUACAUGAGCUGAGCUGCAAUGGCCUUAAGUUCCAUUCAUGUGUUUUCCAUCCUACAUAUCCUUCAUUGCUGGUCAUUGGUUGUUAUCAGUCUUUGGAGCUUUGGAACAUGACUGCGAACAAGACAAUGACUCUGUCAGCUCAUGAAGGGCUUAUCGCUGGGUUGGCUGUGUCAACAGUGAUGGGUUUGGUUGCUUCCGCUAGUCACGACAAGUUCGUAAAGUUGUGGAAGUGAUUCGAUCAUCUCUAAGUAACUACGCUUGCAACACGGGAUUAGUUUUUCUUCACUGUUGAUCAAAUGCGUGUAGUUUGGGUCGUUUUGAUCGCUUGAUCUGCUCACAGCUGUAUUUUUCCUUGUGGAGUUCAUGGCCUCCAUGUUACCCCUGAAACUAACCUUGUAAUAUUGUUGUUUGCCUGUUGUUCUAAUAUCAUUUGCUGUUUUAAGUUGGAGAAUUCUUUAAUGCUGUUUUAACAGGGUAAUGGCCCCUUCCCGUGGACUGCUUGUAACAUUAUGUACUCUAUUUUGCAUAAUAUAUUUUCUGCUGCUCGAGCUUUUGGUUU